AUGUACGCGCCGGAGCAGUUCAUGAAUCCGGGGCCAGCCCCCCGGCCCCCUACCGAUCGACCCCCCAAGUUGACCCUACCGACCAACAACACAACCACCUCCUUCGGUCAGAUGAGCUUGGACUCUCCGAGCACACCGGGUCCGUCGACCGCAAAUCUUUCGCUUUUCCCCAACACCAGCAGUCCUUCGCUGGCUAUGGCUCGGAGUAAUACCAGCCAAAAUGGAAUCUCGAUCAUCAAAGAAGGCACGGUCCGCUGCAAAGAGGACAAAUUUUUGGCAACUUGGAAUACACGUUACUUGAUCCUACGUGAAUAUAAACUUGAAUUUUUAAAGAGUGAUUCUGGCAAGGUAGUGAUUACAUUCCCUUUGUCCUCGGUCACCGCUGUCGCUCGCUCCGAGGAUUCCAAGAUGGCCUUCGAGGUCACUCGCUUGGCCAACCCGAAAGAUGCGAACUCCAAAUCCUCACUUCUUGCCCGCGACCUACCUACCAAGACGAUCACCUGCGAAGUCAAGUCCGAUGAUGAAAUCUAUGAGUGGAUCGACAAGAUCUAUGAGCGCUGCCCUGGCAUGGGCGGCGUCAGCAACCCAACAAACUUUAGUCACCGUGUUCAUGUCGGCUUUGACCCGAAUACCGGCGCCUUCGUAGGCUUGCCUCCCGAGUGGGAGAAGCUUUUGACUUCCUCGGCUAUCACGAAGGAAGACUACAAGAAGAAUCCCCAGGCUGUCAUCGAGGUUCUUGAAUUCUACUCAGAUAUCAAGAUGCGCGAGCAGAACCCGCAGUACUAUGCUGGAAUCAACUCCCCGCCCAACGGUCAACCCAAGGCAUACGGUAAUAGUGUUGGAAGCUCCAUUGCACCCCCGCGUCCUCCACCACCAGGACCUAUGCAGCGCCUUGAUAGCAGUCAGUCGAAAUCUGACGGUUCUAUGCGCUCUGCGUCAUCCUCAAUUGGACACUCGGACCGUGCGGCAGACCACCAACAGCAAGUUGAACGGAUGAAGGAAAUGGCCGACCAAGAGCGUCGCCGCGUGGAGGAGGAACGUCGCAACAAGGAGGAGCAAGAUGCUUACAAUGCUUCCAUCCCGAAGAGCCGUCCUACUAUGGCUCAACAAGAGCUUGGUGGAUAUGGCGGCGACGAGCCAUCACAGAAUAGCCGCUAUCAACCAAGCCGCCCUGCCCCUCAGGCUCCAGGAUCUGCUGCACGCCAGCAGGACCCCCGACAGCUCACUGCACAGCGUCCCGCACCGGCGCCACCUUCACAGAGUCCCUACGGCCAAAGCGUGCCCCGAGCACCAGGUGCUCCUCGAACUGAUGACCGCCAAGGCUCUCCAAGCUCCCGCUACCCUCCUAGUGACCCUCGGGCCCCAGGGUCAGCCAACCGACAUCAGCAAAACGGUUCCAAGGGACAGGCCGGACCCCCUCCGACACGUCUACCGGCUCCCGUUCAAGCUGUGAAGCCGUUGAACAUUGCCAACAAGCAAAACGGGAACAAGCAGAACGUCCCCGAUGGCGUCCGCCAGGCCGAAGCUGCUCUUACAAAGAAGGCAGAUCAGCCACGCCAGAAGGAGGUGCGCAUGUCGGCCAUGUCAGAGAACGAGGUCAUGGAGCGACUGAGAUCUGUUGUAUCCAAAGACAACCCAAACGAGUCUUACAGCAAGCAGCGCAAGAUUGGUCAGGGUGCAUCUGGAUCCGUGUAUGUGGCGCGCGUUAAGGAAAGUGCACCUUCAGGUGUUGCCCACGAGCUUUACCGGACGUAUGGCCCGCGCUGCCAGGUGGCCAUCAAGCAGAUGGACCUGCGCAGUCAGCCCCGCAAGGAGUUGAUCGUCAACGAAAUUAUCGUCAUGAAGGACAGCCAGCACCCGAAUAUUGUCAACUUCCUCGACUCAUUCUUGCAGGAAUCAAGCAAUGAACUCUGGGUUGUCAUGGAGUUCAUGGAGGGUGGCGCCUUGACUGAUGUGAUUGAUAAUAACCCAGUAAUUACUGAAGGUCAGAUCGCGACAAUUUGUGCUGAGACUUGUAAGGGUCUGGCCCAUCUGCACAACCAGAGCAUCAUCCACCGUGAUAUCAAGAGCGACAAUGUCCUCCUCGACCGUGUUGGCCACGUCAAGAUCACUGAUUUCGGCUUCUGCGCCAAGCUGACCGAAACCAAGAGCAAGCGCGCCACGAUGGUCGGCACCCCUUAUUGGAUGGCCCCCGAGGUGGUCAAGCAGAAGGAGUACGGCCCGAAGGUCGACUGCUGGUCGCUGGGCAUCAUGGCUAUCGAAAUGAUUGAGUCGGAGCCUCCUUACCUGAACGAGGAGCCUCUGAAGGCCCUCUACCUUAUUGCCACCAACGGAACCCCCCGUCUCAAGAAGCCCGAGAAGCUCAGCAAGGAGCUUAAGGCUUUCCUAAGCGUCUGCCUCUGCGUCAAUGUCCACAGCCGUGCUUCCGCCGAUGAGCUCCUCGCCCACGAAUUCCUGCAGACUGGAUGCAGCCUGGCUAGUCUGGCUGAGCUGCUCCGCUGGAAGAAGGCUACUGGCUCGUAG